AUGGCUUCCGCCGCCGCAUCCGCGAACGGGGUGAUACGGGUUGUCGGGCCUGCACUCAUACCAGCGAUAGCUUACGGCGCUUAUAAAGGCAAUGCAUUGGGGUUUCUAGAGUCUUUUUUCACAGGCCCCGGCAGAACGAGUCGAAUCAUAGCUCUGGCCGUCGUGCUAUACAACUGGAAGAGCCUGCCUUUCGCAUGGACUUUCCGCGUCUUCGGUGCCAUGACCUCCCAUUUCGCGUUCCGGCGCCUGCAUUCACACGGUCCUGAUAAGCUGUUCCACCCUGUUAUCACGCCUUCGCAUGUUACCCUGCUCGAGGUCGACUACAACAUUCACAAAUCUAACUCAACCUACUUCGCUGACCUCGAUGUGAGCCGAUCCCACCUCGUCUCUCACCUGUUCGCGCGCGGGUGUGCCGCUAUUGCAAAUAACAACUCUACGAAGCUCGUCAUGAACCCGUCCGACCCCUCGAAGCCGGCUAAGGGCAGGUUUUCCGUUAUGCUCGGCGCCGUUCACUGCAGUUUCAAGAAAGAGCUUCAACCAUACCAAAAAUACGAGAUGUGGAGCCGUGUCCUGAGCUGGGAUCGCAAGUGGAUGUACAUCGUCACGCAUUUCGUUGAAAAGGGCGCCGUGAAGCCGCGUUCGUGGGACGCAAGUAGUUUCGGGCCGACGAGGGAGAAUGAGGGGAAGCUUGAGGACUGGGAGAAGAAGAUCCAUGCCACGGCUAUCAGCAAGUACGUUUUCAAAGUCGGUCGAUUAACGGUACAUCCUGCGGUUCUCAUCGAGGCCAGUGGUCUUCUACCCGAACGACCCGGAGGUUGGGUCUCCAUAGGGAACGGGAUGGCUCCACCGUCCCACACAGUAAUUGGUGGCGCUAUUUCGGAAGCCGAGGCUGAUUUCGAGUCCACGGAUUGGAAUUGGCAGCAUACCGAAAAAUUACGACAGAAGGGUCACGAAUACGCGGAGCAUUUCGCAGCGCUCGACCAUCUGCACAGCCACUUCGACGGCGGCGAAGAUGGCGCGCUUGGAAUAUUCGGUCUCUCAUAA